CCCCAGUCAAGUCGCUCAGCCUUUCCUUCGCCAACACCUCCUCCCCCGCCAUGGUCGCCCUCACGAAGAAGGAGAAGACCUCCAAACCUCUUCCCAAGUUCCACGUCGGCGACGACUACCAGAUCCUCCAUAGCCUAGGCGAGGGCGCGUAUGGAACUGUCGUGGCCGCAAAGCACCUGCCAUCAGACCGUCAAGUCGCCAUCAAACGGAUACUGCCCUUCGAGCAUACGCUGUUCUGCUUGAGGACCUUGCGAGAGCUCAAGUUGCUCAAGUACUUUUCGGACACAUGCGUGAAUGAGAAUAUCAUCUCCAUCCUCGAUAUCAUCAAACCACCGUCCCUGGCCGAUUUUACGGAGAUUUACUUCAUCCAAGAGCUCAUGCAAACAGAUCUUCACCGAGUGAUCCGGACACAGCAACUCACCGAUGACCACUGCCAAUACUUCGUAUACCAGAUCCUCCGCGGCCUCAAGACCGUUCAUUCCGCCGAUGUCGUCCACAGGGAUCUCAAACCAGCCAACUUGUUGAUCAACGCCAAUUGCGACCUCAAGAUCUGCGACUUCGGUCUCGCUCGUAGCGUUAAGACCAGCAGCGUCGAAGGCCCCAAGGAUGCCGGCCUCAUGACCGAAUACGUUGCAACUCGGUGGUACCGGGCACCCGAGAUCAUGCUUUCGUUCAAGAUGUACACCAAAGCGAUCGACAUCUGGUCUGUGGGCUGCAUCCUUGCUGAACUUCUCACUGGUCGGCCGCUCUUUCCCGGGCGCGACUAUGGCCACCAGCUCGAUCUCAUCCUCGACGUUAUCGGGACGCCGACACUGGACGAAUUCUACGCUAUCACUUCACGGCGCUCGCGCGACUACAUCCGUGCGCUUCCGAUUCGCAAACGGAGACCGUUCAGCACGCUAUUCCCCAAAGCGUCGCCCGAGGCCAUCGACUUCCUGAAUAGGACCCUGACUUUCGAUCCCAAGAAGCGUGCAACGGUAGAGGAGGCGCUUGAACAUCCGUAUCUAGCGGCGUAUCACGAUCCAGAGGACGAGCCCACCUCGGGAACUCUAGACCCUGAGUACUUUCAAUUCGAUCUUCACAAGGACGAGCUCUCGAAAGCGGACCUCAAGGAGUUGCUGUACGAGGAGGUCAUGUCCUUCGUGCCAUCCAUAUGAUGCUUAUUUAUGCCCUAUUUAUGAUGCUCAUUCCUUUCGUUAUCCAUUGCCUGGGGCUUGCAAACAAUUCUAACCGCACUU